AUGGCGUUAAUCCCCGCUACUAAUCCGCCUCUUGGAGUAGAUUUCGACGCAGAAGCUGAGGAUCGGGAUGAAUUUCAUAUCAACAAGAUGGCAACAGAUUUUACGGAUGCGGAGGAAUCGAUUCGUCAUAACGUGUAUCCAGAAAGUGACGAUGAGGCUGAGGAACGUGUUCGUAGUGGUGCGAGAAGGGGGACAACCAUCAUUCGUGGUGAUGGUUCAAUGUACAAAGGGCAAAGCUUCUACAAUAGAAUUGCUUUUAAGGAGUGUGUUCUCGACUAUGCGCUGGCAAGCGGUUGUAACCUGAAGCAGUACAUGUACGAUAGAAAUAGAAUUGGUUUUAAGUGUAUUGGUGCUAAGGGGAAAUGUAUGUGGAAGGUAUAUGUUGCAUCUCUUCACAAUGAGUCGAUGUGGAGGAUUACCCUGUACACGAACAAGCAUAUUUGUGUACCUAAUGGAGAGUGUGAGAUGUUUAAGACCCCAAUGAUAGCUAGGUUGUUUGUUGAUAAGAUAAGAGAAGAACCGGAAUAUUACAUGUCUUUGAAGAUGGAGCAGACUAUAAUGGAUAAGUGGAAGAUAUCAGUUACUAGGGGUCAAUGUCAAGCUGCUAGGAGAAAGGCAUUCGGAUGGAUAGCAAAUCAAGGUUUGAACGGCUCAGAGACUAUGGGGCUGAGAUAUUGGAAGCAAAUCAAGGUUCUGUUGUGGAGAUUGAUACGAAGAACAUGGAAAAAAUCCUGCAGACCACUAAUAGGAGUUGAUGGUUGUUUCUUGAAAGAAAAGAUCAAGGGACAGUUGCUGGUUGCUUUAGGAAGAGAUGCUGACAAUGCUAUAUACCCAAUAGCUUGGUGUGCUAUUGACUUGGAGUUAAGUGAUGGGGAUGGUUACAUUACGGUGUCUGAUCGACAAAAGGGUUUAAUAAAGGUUGUUGAGCUAGAGUUACCAAAGAUAGAGCAUCGAAAAUGUGUUAGGCACAUUUAUGGUAACCUAAAGAAGAAUCAUCCGAAUAAGAAGCGGCUGAAGAAACUCCUCUGGGAUCUAGCUUGGUGCUACAAUAGCAAAGAUUAUGAAGAGAGAUUGGAGAGGAUCCAUGCAUACGACAGUAAAGUGUAUGAAGAUGUUAUGAGGACUAAACCAAAGACAUGGUGUAGGGCGUUCCAAAAGAUUGGUAGCUACUGUGAGGAUGUUGAAAACAACUCAGUCGAGUCCUUCAACAAUACAAUUAACAAGGCAAGAGAGAAACCAUUUGUGGCCAUGUUGGAGGCUGUACGAAGGCUUGCCAUGGUUCGGAUUGCUAAACGGUCUGUACUUUCUCAUUCACACGAAGGGAUAUGCACUCCAUAUGUCAAACGGUUCUUGGCUGAAGAGCAUAAAGCAGCUUCUCAGUGCUUUGUAUAUCCCAACACAAAUGGAGCUUAUGAAGUUUAUAUGGGAUAUGACAAACACAGAGUCUGUUUGAAUGCCAGAACUUGUACCUGCAUGAAGUUUCAGAUAUGUGGAAUCCCCUGCGAACAUGCUUAUGGACUGAUACUCAAGAAGACACUCGAAGCUGAAGACUAUGUGUGUGAAUGGUUCCGAACGUUUAAGUGGAAGGAGAAUUACAUUGAAGGGGUUGUUCCACAAAGAGGUCCACGUUAUUGGCUUUGCACUUGA